GACAGUUCAUCGACCGUCGAUUGGAAUUGAACAAAAGAAUUUUGUGGUGGAAAACCUGAAAUAAAGUAGCCUAAUCUACAUUAUUUAAGGUAAAGUUAUUUGUAAACCGGUUAUGUUCAUCGACUUGCGCAAUAUCUCGUCGUUCGAUAGUCUUGGUUAAUUUUUAUGACAUUAUAUUUCGUAAAAGUUAGUGCCGAAUUGAAGUGACAACCACUUCUCGUCAAUUACUGUGGAUAAAAACGUAGUGAAUCACAACAAGAAUCUAUUUGUUCGCUUCCUGCAUCGCAAUAAGUGUUACAAAAAUGGCAGAGAGAGAACCGAUCAGUGGGUCAAGCCGGGACUAUGGGGCGACGGCGGCGGUCCCCAACGUCAGCUUCGCAGACUUCAGCCCCACAGAGCUGUACAACCUGAGCGAGGGUAUCGCAGACAAUGUGAACAGCAUCAACAGUGGGCUCAAGUCGCUGGAGAAAAUGAUGAAACAGAUUGGUGGGCCCAAUGAUAGCGUGCAGUUGAGGGAUAAAAUCCACGACACACAGCAAACCGUCAACGGCUCGGUGUCGGCGACCGCCCGCGACAUUCAGCGGCUAGGCGUCGUUGUCAGAAGAGGGGACAAGCCACAGAAGCUACAGGUUGAAAGGCUCACACAGGCCUUCACUGAAGCUCUUGCGAAGUACUCUUCUGUGCAGAAGCAAGUCUCCGAGAAGAUGGCAGCACAUAUGCCGCGGCAGCCGCGCGUGCGCAACGACCCGCAAGCGAUGGAAGACCAGGCCAUCGCUGAUGAUGAGGAGGCCACGCUCAUUGCUAACCAACAGGCACAGGCGCGUCUAGUCCAGUUCGAGACGAGCAUGUUGCUGGAAAAAGAGGCGUACAUCAACAAGAUAGAAGCAGACGUAUUGGACGUGAACCAAAUCAUACAGGAACUCGCUGAGAUGGUCAAUCAGCAGGCACAGUCUGUCGAUAACGUAGAAAGCAACAUAGAAUCAGCCGGUGCGAACGUGGAAGCUGGUGUCGACGAACUAGCGAAGGCAGCCGAGUACCAGCGCAGAUACAGAAGAAAAAUGAUGAUUCUCAUCCUCAUAGGCGUCAUCAUAGCAAUCAUACUCAUCGUAUGGGUCGUCAAGGCAUUCAGAUAGACACCUAAACCCCAGUAUUACCCCCAUGAAUUUUCAAAAGGGUAAACCCCUACGUUACCCUUGAUGAGAUAUCUAUGUAUCCGAUUAUUAUGUUAGGAUAUCGAAAGCCCCAGAGGAGAAAGCAAUGAAUUUAUGUUUGUUAGUACCUAUGUGGAGGCGAUUAUUUUUUGUAUUUAUUUAUUUAUUAAAUAUAAAAGCUAUGUUGUAUGGAGCAUUAGACAAAUUGAGCCAAUAUUUGUUUUGAUUUUCAACCGCCAGGAGCGCUGGUGUCGAGUUUGAUCUGUCAUUGUAAAUUGCGGGGUCUUAAGGUAAGCGUCCACAGGCCCGCAUCGUACGUAUCGCACGCAUCGAAUUUUAUUUUGUCUUGUAUAGAAACUCAUACAACUGUGUCCACUGAUCCGCAUCGUACGGAUCGCAUAAUCAGGAAUGCCUACAUGCGAUGCGUACCGAUGACGUCAUACAGAAUGCGUACGAUUCGGGCAUGUGGACGCUUACCUUUAUUCGGUAGUAAUGCCACCUAGUGUGGACAAAAAUGGUUAUUUUCAUUGCCUUUUAACGUUUCAUUUGUUUUUAAAUAAACGGCAGUAAUAUGGCUAAUGGACUAUUAGAAGGUAAUAAAUGAAUUAAUAAUCGUAUAAGAAUGAGCCAAAAUAUACAAGCUGCAUCUAAUAAUAGGCCCUUCUUAGGAUGCUUUUUCAUCAGAGAUGUGCUAUGUUGCUGUGCAUGCGUUUAGCUUCCACCUACCAUAUUCAUUGGUACACAUAGCUUAGCACUGGUGGAAAUGGAUUCAGGCUAAGCUAUAUUUUUUAUACGGAAAGAUGUGUGCUAUGGAUGCCUUUCCUACUAUCGAUACAUCACAUCUUCCUCGCACAGCUACAUAACUCAGUAUCAGUGGAAACGGUCACAUAGUUCACAGCUUAACUCUUAAAUCUGCGUAGCAUAACUACACAGCACAUGUCUGGUAGAAAAGCACACCCUUAAUCCCCUUAUUGUUGAUUAAAACUUAACCCAAUUAAGACCUUAUACAGUUUAGGUUAUUAAUAAUAUCAAAUAACACCAUUUAAUAAACAAAUUAGGCUGUUUAUUCUGUAUGUAUUUGUCUAAUGUUAUAAUACAUAAUAUGAAAUUCAUAAUAAUUGACUCAAAAAUUCUUGCCUAAAGCAUUAAUUCCAAUGCUUUUUCUAUUCGCAAUAUUUUGAUUAGACAAGGAUAAAAGAUACGAUUGACGAUGUGUAAGAGCGAGAAGUAGGAAUUUGAAUGCGAUUUUAACUAGUGUGAAAGGGAUAGAGAUAUGUGAUGAUAUAGGUUUGUCUCUUUCACACUGGUAUAAUAAUGACUUUAUGUCAUUAUGCCUGUAUGGCAGAUCAGAGGAAGAUUUUGGCGCUGGUUCUCUAUACCAUAUAUGUUUUAUAUGUUUAUAUGUAGUCUUGCACUAUCGUUCAACUUAAAAUAUACUCUAAUUCUGCUGUUAUAAAGUAGAUAUUCAAUCACAAUAACUUAUUUUUAAUCCGACUAUUUAAUAUCUUAACUCAUCAUUAUUACUAAUAACACUACUCCAAUCUGCAUUCUCUCUCUUUCCUAUCCUCAAUGUUAAACAAGGAUAGCUAUACUAGCUAUGCAAGAGAAUCGGCGCCAUUUUGAGAAUAGAUCUUUAUGAAAAGUAUAGUCUACGGGUUAAUUUAAAAGAAAAUAAUAUUAACUGCUGUAUAUAAAGCGUUAUGUAUCGUAAAGUACUGCCAAAAAGACAAAAUAAACGAGACUUUCAAUUAUAAACCUUAACACAGUGCAAUAGAGAUACUAUUCAUUAGUACCUUAUUACAUUAAUCGAAUAAGUGAUUAUGUGCAAUGUAAAACCAAUGUUAAUUCGAAGUGAUAAGGUACGUUUUUGCAAGAAAGAAGUUAUUUUGUUUUAUUGGCAUUACUAUACUGAAUUAUAGUUGAGUUUAUAUUAUUACAUAUGUAUAUUAAUCGUAGUUAGAAUUUUAUUGUAGGCGUAUUAUUAAACAAUUUUACUUA